AUGGCAAAAACGUCGUCUCCAACCGAGGAGGUGUCCUCCUCUACAGUAGAGACACCCACACCGAAAUCUGGCACUGGCAGUUCCUCCUCCACCGACAACGCCGACUUGAUUCACGACUUUUGCGUCGGUACCAACGAGUUUUGGAAACGAUUCGUCAUUCCACCCGUAUUAGAAUAUGUUCAAAUCCAACCCGGUGGCACGGCCAAAUCCGAUCCAUUCUCCAAAUUGACGGCGCCCCCGGAAGUGCCGGGAAUUCCACGCCCCGUCUGGUUGACCAUUUUGGGAUCGGUACCCACGGCAUUGGGGUGGUACGGAUAUUAUAAAUUUAGUGUCGAAGAAGAAUUGUUUCAAUACGAAUUAUUACAGCAAGACGGCAAGGUGACUGGGUGUGGUGGAUACGGCACCUUGUUGCCCUUUGUCUUUGGCAUUCUCAUUGGAUUUCCCCUCUCCUUUUUGCACAUUCCGGGGGGAGAGACAUUGGUGGAAGCGGCCGGAGUGUGGAUCUUGCUCGGACAAGUCAAUCUCUAUCGACGGGUCAAUGAACUGUGUUUAGAAGCCAGUCAAGAAAUGGAGUUGGAGGAACCGCCCCUGUGGGAAUGGUGGGCCUUGUUGCCGCCACCCUUGGAUGUGGUGGUAGGAUUACGACAGGUGCACUUUUUGAGUGAGUAUUGGAGAAUCCAACGGGGAGAGCCCUACCAAAAGGAUGUCAUUGCCGAAGAACUCUUUCCUUUUAUCAGCGCCAAACAGAGAAUUACACUCAAAGAGUUCUUUCGGACACCCUCCAUGUGGUUUUGGUUCACCAAGGAAUGGAAAGAUUUUGAUUUCGAGUUUUUGCAGGAGACAGCUACCGCCAACUCUGCCCAGAAAUGA